AUGUUGAGCAACGUUUUGCUGUGGUCUCUUCAGAUAAGUCUCCUAGGGGUCAGUCUUGGCGGGAAUGUUCUCAUCUGGCCAAUGGAAGGCAGUCACUGGCUAAAUAUUAAGAUAAUAAUAGAUGAACUCAUAAGAAAAGAGCACAAUGUGACUGUCCUUGUUGCCUCUGGCGCACUUUUCAUCACACCAUCAACUAGUCCAUCCCUGACAUUUGAAAUAUAUCCAGUAUCCUUUCGCAAGGAAAAAAUAGAAAGUGUGAUCAAGGAUUUUGUUUUGACAUGGCUGGAAAACAGGCCAUCUCCUUCAACUAUCUGGACGUUCUAUAAGAAGAUGGCCAGAGUCAUUGAGGACUUCCACAUGGUAUCCAGAGGGAUCUGUGAUGGUGUUCUUAAUAAUGAAAAGCUGAUGGCAAAGCUGGCAAAAGGGAAGUUUGAAGUUCUGUUAUCGGACCCAGUAUUUCCUUGUGGUGAUAUCGUAGCUUUAAAGCUGGGAAUUCCAUUUAUCUAUUCCUUACGCUUCUCUCCCGCCUCUACAGUGGAAAAGCACUGUGGAAAGGUCCCAUUCCCUUCUUCCUAUGUUCCUGCAAUUUUGUCAGAGCUCACAGACCAGAUGUCUUUCACUGACCGAGUAAGAAACUUCAUCUCCUACCGGAUGCAGGACUACAUGUUCGAAACUCUGUGGAAGCCAUGGGAUUCCUAUUAUAGUAAAGCUUUAGAUGGCAGCCAUUGGUUAAAUAUUAAAAUCCUCCUUGAAGAAUUGAUUCAACGAAAUCACAGUGUGACUGUAUUUGCUACAUCAGAAUUUUUAUUCAUCAACUCCAGUCCUGAUGACUUUAUGCACUUUGAAGAGAUUCCAGUUUCCUACAAGAAAAGCAAUAUAGAUGAAAUAAUUGAACACAUGAUAGCCCUGUGGCUAGACCACAGGCCAACACCUCUCACCAUGUGGACAUUCUACAAAGAACUAGGAAAGCUCCUUGAGACUUUCUACCAAGUAAACAUUCAGAUCUGUGAUGGUGUACUAAACAAUCCCACACUAAUGUCAAGACUUCAGAACCGUGGCUUUGAUGUGUUAAUAGCUGACCCAGUAACAAUUUGUGGAGACCUGGUUGCUCUGAAAUUGGGAAUUCCGUUUGUGUAUACAUUGCGCUUCUCUCCAGCCUUUACAGUGGAGAGGCACUGUGGGAAAAUCCCAGCACCUAUUUCUUACGUACCUGCAGCCCUGUCAGAGCUCACUGACCAGAUGUCCUUUGGUGAAAGGGUUAAGAACACUAUAUCUUAUCCUCUGCAGGACUAUAUAUUUCAGUCCUACUGGGGAAGAUGGGAUUCAUACUACAGCAGAGUUCUAGGAAGACCCACCACAUUAUGUGAGACUAUGGGGAAAGCUGAGAUUUGGCUGAUGCGAACAUAUUGGGACUUUGAAUUCCCUCGUCCAUAUUUACCUAAUUUUGAGUUUGUGGGAGGACUGCACUGCAAACCUGCCAAGCCAUUACCUAAGGAAAUGGAAGAAUUUGUCCAGAGCUCGGGGGAACAUGGUAUUGUUGUGUUUUCCCUGGGGUCGAUGGUGAAAAACCUGACAGAUGAAAAGGCCAGUCUCAUUGCCUCAGCCCUGGCCCAGAUUCCUCAGAAGGUUUUGUGGCGAUACAAAGGAAAGAUACCAGCAACUUUAGGAUCCAAUACGAGGCUGUUUGAUUGGAUUCCCCAAAAUGACCUUCUUGGACAUCCCAAAACCAGAGCUUUUAUCACUCAUGGUGGAACAAAUGGGAUCUAUGAGGCCAUUUACCACGGGAUCCCUAUGGUGGGAGUUCCCAUGUUCGCUGAUCAGCCUGACAACAUUGCUCACAUGAAGGCCAAAGGAUCAGCUGUGGAGGUGAACAUGAACACAAUGUCAAGUGCAGAUUUUCUCAACGCUGUGAGGACAGUCAUUAAUGACCCAUCUUAUAAAGAAAAUGCCAUGAGACUCUCAAGAAUCCACCACGACCAGCCAGUGAAGCCCCUGGACAGAGCUGUCUUCUGGAUCGAGUUUGUCAUGCGCCACAAGGGAGCCAAGCACCUUCGUGUGGCAGCGCAUGACCUUAGUUGGUUUCAGUACCACUCACUGGAUGUGAUUGCUUUCCUGCUGGCUUGUGUGGCAUCGGCUAUAUUCUUGGUUGCAAAAUGUUGUUUGUUUGUAUUUCAAAAGUUUGCUAAGACAAGAAAGAAGACAAAAAGAGACUAGAUCAAGGAAAAGACAAUAAAGGUCUCUGGGUUUGGUAAAAAACCAAGUGGAGUAGUACUAGUACUUAGAGGCAGAUGGAGCUGUCAGACACCUAUCUUCAUCUCAUUGCCAAACAUCACAUUGCUAAGCUAGCCAGCAGAUAGAUUAAUUCUAGGAUGCAACAUAAUUACAUUCUCCUGAAACUGCUUCAUCUUUCCUUUGUUAUUUUAGUGACACUCCUACCAUUUUCUUAUCUUCCUGGCACACGGGCACUAUUGAUUUAAAUAAGUUCUUUUCAGGAUGUCAUUUAAAAUAUAAAGCAGAUGAUAAAUAAUAGCAUUCUGAAAUCAUGGGAAGGAACACAGAGCAUUUUGAAUUUUAUUUAAUUAUCACACAAGGAUCACAAACACAAGUCCUCAUGGAACACACCAAUGGAGCGCUGACCACAGGGAUUAGUGUAUCCUGAGAAGACUCAUCAUUUUAUUUAGAAAUAGAAGCCAACUCUUGUGAUUUUCGGAUGUCACUAGUAUUAGAGGAUGAAGUCAGAACUGUGACAACAUAUUACCAUAGGAAAACUAUAUAUAAAAAUUGUUAGUACCUUUAAACAUGAUGUUCUAUUUUUCUGCUUUUUCCUAAAAUAUAUAAAAAUCAUAUUGUUCACAAUCUAUAAUCACUAUUUACAAUGAGAUAUUUCAUUUUCUGAAAAAAUAAAUACUUAUAUUGAGAUC